AUGCUCCAGGAGAAAAGCUUGUCGGAUGUGGAGGAUGGGUUUGUGGUGCCUCAGGGCCCUGGCCAUGCUGAAACCACGGGGGAGUCUCCAGUUCUGGGUGUUGCAGGGGUCAGCAGUACGCCCCUGAACAGUCCCCAGGUCCCGGAUGCAGAACAGACCAUCGAGAAUAUCAAGGUGUAUUUGCAUGAAAAAGAACUAUGGAAGAAGUUUCACGAAGCUGGGACUGAGAUGAUCAUAACUAAAGCCGGGAGGAGGAUGUUUCCAAGCUACAAAGUGAAGGUGACAGGGAUGAAUCCCAAGACUAAGUACAUCUUGUUGAUUGAUAUCGUCCCGGCAGACGAUCAUCGAUACAAAUUCUGCGACAACAAGUGGAUGGUGGCUGGCAAAGCUGAACCUGCAAUGCCUGGACGGUUGUAUGUUCACCCUGACUCACCAGCUACUGGGACUCAUUGGAUGCGACAGCUGGUGUCUUUUCAGAAGCUAAAACUCACCAACAACCACCUGGAUCCCUUUGGACACAUCAUACUUAAUUCCAUGCACAAAUACCAGCCCAGGUUGCAUAUAGUGAAAGCAGACGAAAACAAUGCCUUUGGCUCAAAGAACACAGCUUUCUGCACCCACGUGUUCCCAGAAACGUCCUUUAUAUCCGUGACGUCCUACCAGAACCACAAGAUAACUCAGCUGAAGAUAGAGAAUAACCCGUUUGCCAAAGGCUUUCGAGGAAGCGAUGACACUGACCUCCGCGUGGCCAGAUUACAAAGCAAAGAAUAUCCUGUGAUCUCCAAGACCAUCAUGAGACAGAGGUUGGUGUCCACACAUGGUCAACUCUCUGCAAAAUCAGACAUCAACUCGCUCCAUGGAAGCCAUCAGGCUCUUCAGCACUACCAGUAUGAGAAUGGAGCUCACAUGCAGUUUGCCACCUCAGAUGCCCAAGAUCUGCCCCUCAACACCUUCACGGCACAGAGAGAAUCCGGCCUCUUCUACCACUGCCUGAAACGACGAGAAGGGGCCCGACACCUGGACUUACCCUGCAAACGCUCGUAUCUGGAGCCGACCUCUUCCGCUGGAGAAGAACAUUAUUUUCGGUCGCCCCCACCCUACGACCAGCAGAUGCUGAGCCCCUCGUACUGCAGCGACGUGACCCCGCGGGAAGCAUGCAUGUACUCUGGGUCUGAAAUUGCAGGCGUCUCGGGGGUGGAAGAUCUCCCUCCCCCUCCCCCUCCCCCUCCUCCCCCACCUCCUCCUCCCCCGCCGCCUCUGAGCUGCAAUAUGUGGACCUCGGUUGCACCUUACACCAGCUACAGCGUCCAGACCGUGGAGACUGUCCCGUACCAGCCCUUCCCCGCUCACUUCACAGCCACCACCAUGAUGCCACGCCUCCCCCCCACGGCCGGCCAAGGGUCCCAGCCGCCGGGCAGCAGCCCUUUCGCGGUCUACAAUCAGCUCUCGCAACCCCCCGCUCGGGAGCGGAUGCCGGGGUCCUCCUUCCCCAGAGAACGGGUGGGCGAGAGGAAGCUCCCGUCGCCCCACUUGAGCGCGGCCAACGAAUUUCUGUACUCGCAGACUCUCUCCCUGUCCAGGGAAUCCUCUUUGCAGUACCAUUCGGGAGCGGGCACAGUGGACAACUGGACUGAUGGAUGA